AUGGAGACCAUGGAAUGGGAAAGGAGUCGGCACUGGGAUUCCCCUGGCUACUGCCUUAGUUCUCUCCCCAGUGCUUCCAACUCCAGUUUCUCCUCAAGGCAUGCAGCCACGCCUUCAUUACCAGGUACCUACCAAGGCCAGUGGGCCGGUGGCAUACGGCAUGGCUACGGCGUGCGCCAGAGCGUGCCCUAUGGCAUGGCUACGGUGAUCCGCUCGCCCCUGCGCACCUCGCUGGCCUCGCUGCGCAGUGAGCAAAGCAAUGGCAGCGUGCUCCACGACGCAGCUGCAGCUGCCGAUAGUCCAGCCGGCACCCGCGGUGGCUUCGUGCUCAACUUCCAUGCCGAUGCUGAGCUCGUGGGCAAGAAGAAGGGCGGCCUCUUCCGCAGGGGCUCCCUCCUGGAGAGCAUGAAAAUUCGCAAGUCCGAAUCCAAGUCUUCCAUUUCCAGCAAGCGCAGCUCGGUCCGCAGCGACGCGGCCAUGAGUAGAAUUAGCUCCAGUGAUGCCAACUCCACCAUCAGCUUUGGCAACGUCGACUGUGAUUUUUGCCCCGUGGAAGACCAUGUGGACGCCACCACCACGGAAACCUACAUGGGGGAAUGGAAGAACGACAAACGCAAUGGUUUUGGCAUCAGCGAGCGCUCUUAUGGCAUGAAGUAUGAGGGCGAGUGGGUCAACAAGAGGCAUGGCUACGGCUGCACCGUGUUUCCCGAUGGCUCCAAGGAAGAGGGGAAAUACAAAAAUAAUAUUUUGGUCCGUGGAAUAAGGAAGCAGCUUAUACCAAUAAGAAAUACAAAAACUAGGGAGAAGGUGGACAGAGCUAUAGAAGGCGCACAAAGGGCAGCUGCCAUGGCGAGAACCAAAGUGGAAAUAGCCAAUUCAAGUGUGGCCCAGAGACACCAAAGAUUGGACACCCCUGCGAGCCUUCGUCAUCAAAGAGUCGAAAAAUCAGUUGGUGCCCCCUUUGCCAGGGAGCUACUAUCUGUUACUGCCACACCGUACUCAACAGUUGGCCUUGAGUACUACCACUGA